GAAGUUGAUCGGAGCAAGAUAUUUCAUCAACGGAUUCGCUGCUGCAGCAGGAGCUCUUGUCAACUCCAGCUUCUACACACCACGAGACACUUUAGGGCAUGGAUCGCACACAUUGUCCACAGCCGGUGGUAAUUUUGUGCAGGGAGCUAAUAUUUUUGGGUAUGGCAAUGGCACAGCAAAAGGGGGAUCACCACGAGCACGAGUAGCAGCUUACAAGGCUUGUUGGCCUCCUAUUAUUCCAAGCGACUCGUGCACUGAUGCAGAUGUCUUGGCCGCCUUUGAUAUGGCAAUUCAUGAUGGUGUUGAUGUGCUUUCGGUAUCAAUGGGAGGAUUACCUGUACCAUAUGUCAAUGACAGUAUUGCUAUCGGUUCGUUUCAUGCUGUUAAGCAUGGCAUUGUUGUGGUAACCUCGGGUGGUAAUUCUGGUGCUUAUCCUGGUACAAUAGCCAACACUGCACCUUGGCUCAUCACUGUCGGGGCAAGCACCAUUGAUCGCGUGUUUGCCAGUUAUGUCAUUCUAGGAAACAAUAAGCGCUACAGAGGAGUAAGCCUUGCAACUGAAGCAGUGCCCCACGGCAAGUCCUUCCCAAUUAUUACAGGUGCAUCUGCUAAACUUGCCAAUGCAACAGCCCAAGCUGCUAAUUUUUGCCUAGGUGGGACUUUGGACCCUAAGAAGACCAAGGGGGCUAUUUUGGUUUGCCAUAGAGGGGGUAGUCCAGGGCUUGACAAAUGCACGCAAGCGACUUUAGUAGGUGCAGUUGGUAUCGUUAUACUCAACAGUGAAUUCUUUGGAAAUGAAAUGUAUGCUGAACCUUACUUCUGCCCUGCAACGCUUAUCAGUUACUCCGAUGGACUUGAAGUCUUGGCUUAUCUUAAUUCAACAAGGACACCUACGGCUUACAUUACUCGGCCAACAACUGAAUUGGGAACAAAACCUGCUCCAAUUGUGGCUGCAUUUUCAUCCAUUGGACCAAAUAGGGUUACUCCAGAGAUUCUCAAGCCUGAUAUCACUGCCCCAGGAGUGAGCAUAAUAGCUGCUUAUACUGGAGUACAACCGCCUACACAAAUAGGUUUUGAUGAUCGCCGGGUUAAAUUUAACACAAUGACAGGCACUUCAAUGUCAUGUCCUCAUGUAGCUGGUGUCGUUGGCCUUUUGAAAGCGCUCCAUCCAACUUGGAGUGCUGCAGCCAUCAAAUCUGCCAUUAUGACCUCCGCAAGAACGCGAGAUAAUACUUUCAAGCCAAUGACUAAUUCAACUGACCUUAAGGUAACACCAUUUGCAUAUGGAGCGGGAAACAUAUGGCCAAACCGCGCCAUGGACCCUGGCUUGGUUUAUGACUUAACGAUCGAUGACUAUAUGAGCUUUCUCUGUGCCCAAGGCUACAAUAAAACUCAAAUCAAUAUCUUCUCACAAGGGUACUUCAAAUGUCCCGAGCCUAUUAGUUUCAUCAAUUUGAACUUACCCUCAAUCACAGUGCCCAAGCUCAAUGGCUCAGUCGUCGUGACUAGAACUUUGAAGAAUGUAGGAUCACCGGGCACUUACAGAGCUCGUAUUCGCUCCCCAGCUGGAAUUUCUGUUGUUGUUGAGCCAAACACUUUGGAAUUCAACAAGAUUGGAGAGGAGAAAUCUUUCAAGCUCACUCUGAAAGUUAAAGGAAAUAAAGCUCCAAAAGAUUAUGUGUUUGGCCAGUUAAUAUGGUCUGAUGGCAAGCACAAUGUUAGAAGUCCCAUUGUAGUGAAAGCUAGUUAAGAAUGUGUUUGGUAGCUUUCAUUUCUCUGCUUGUAUAAUACUAUUCAUUGAGCUCAAAGUAUUCAAACAGUUUACUUGUCCAAUUAAUAAUUUGCCAACAUUAGUUAGUUUCA